AUGUUCUUCACACUCCCACGACUGACUCCAGGCUACAUCAGACUGCUGCAGACGUACCAUAAUGUGGCAGUUGCACGCCCACUUCAAAAGCCUGCCCCAGGUUUGGCCAUGCUCUUGGGGGCCGUGGGGAUAGGAGUGUGUGGCUACAGCUCCAGGCAGCUGACGAUGAACCACAGACCGUCGUCCCGAGUGCUGAGAUGGGGUUUUCAAGAGAUCCUUCCUCCAUCCUUCGCGGCUCAGAAAUUUGCUGUUGAAUAG